UGGCUUCCAAAGGCUCCGCCCCCUCCGCGGUGCUGCGCUGUGUGGCUGCUCCUUGGGCUCCGUGGGCCGGCGCCCCCGUCCGGAAUGGCUUCGGACUCGGUUGACGACGCGACCCUCUGCACGCUGGAGUUCGCCGUGCAGAUGACCUGUCAGAGCUGCGUGGACGCGGUGCGCAAGUCCCUGCAAGGGGUGGCAGGUGUCCAGGAUGUCGAGGUGCAGCUGGAAAACCAGAUGGUCUUGGUGCAGACCACGCUGCCCAGCCAGGAGGUGCAGGCACUCCUGGAGGCCACGGGGCGGCAGGCGGUCCUCAAGGGCAUGGGCGGCGGCCAGCUGCAGAACCUGGGGGCAGCAGUGGCCAUUCUGGGGGGGCCUGGCACUGUGCAGGGGGUGGUGCGCUUCCUGCAGCUGACCCCCGAGCGCUGCCUCAUCGAGGGAACCAUUGACGGCCUGGAGCCUGGGCUACACGGACUCCACGUCCAUCAGUACGGGGACCUCACCAACAACUGCAAUAGCUGUGGGGACCACUUUAACCCUGAUGGAACGUCUCACGGGGGCCCCCAGGACUCUGACCGGCACCGAGGAGACUUGGGCAACGUCCACGCCGAUGCCGACGGCCGAGCCAUCUUCAGGUUGGAGGACGAGCAGCUGAAGGUGUGGGACGUGAUUGGCCGCAGCCUGGUUAUUGAUGAAGGAGAAGAUGACCUGGGCCGGGGGGAUCACCCCUUAUCCAAGGUCACAGGGAACUCUGGGGAGAGGUUGGCCUGUGGCAUCAUUGCACGCUCCGCCGGCCUUUUCCAGAACCCCAAGCAGAUAUGCUCCUGCGACGGCCUCACCAUCUGGGAGGAGCGGGGCCGGCCCAUCGCAGGCAGGGGCCGGAAGGAGCCAGCCCAGCCCCCUGCCCACCUCUGAGCCUGGUACUCGGCUCCCAGCUGAGCACCUCCCACUUCUCGGGGAGCAGAGCAGGCAAAGGAGAACCAGGCGCGGGGAUCGUCGGGUUGCUAGGGGGUUUGCUGGGCAAAUUACACUUUAUUUUCAUAUGGAA